AUGGGAUUCCUUUACUCUCAACUCUUCGUCACUCCAGCUUAUCCGACGCGCUCCUUCGCCGGAGAAACCGUCAUUGUCACGGGCUCGAACACGGGUUUGGGAAAAGAGGCAGCGCGGCACAUCGCCCGCCUAGGCACCAGUAAACUGAUCCUUGCCGUCCGAAACACCAAAGCCGGCGAAGACGCCAAGAAGAAUAUUGAAUCAACGACGGGAUGUGACCCCUCGGUCAUCGAAGUGUGGUCACUCGAUCUGUCUUCAUACGACUCGGUCAAGGCCUUCGCGGAUCGCGCCUCCAAGCUACAACGGAUUGACGUCCUGCUGGAGAAUGCAGGCAUCGCCGCCGCAAAGUACUCGCAGGCCGAAGGCCAUGAACGCACAAUCACCGUCAACGUCAUCAGCACGUUCCUGCUCGCCCUGCUCCUCCUGCCAAAGCUCAAGGCCACGGCAAGGCAGUUCAACACCUCACCGCGCCUGACGAUCGUGUCCAGCGAAGUGCACGGAUGGACCAAAUUCCCCGAGGGGAAGCAACCGACCGACCAGAUCUUCCCGACCCUUGACGGCGAAAAGACCGCAAACAUGGGCGAGCGCUAUCCAACCAGCAAACUCCUCGAGGUGCUUGUCGUCAAGCAGUUGGCUCCGAAACUGGCCAGUUCGGGCGUCACGCUUAACAUCCUUAACCCGGGCCUCUGCCACAGCGAAUUGAGCAGAGACGGGCCUCUCUUCCUGGAGGUCCUGAAAUUCUUCCUCGCGCGCCGCACAGAGGUGGGGAGUCGCACGCUCGUCGCUUCUGCCGCGGCCGGGCCGGAGAGCCACGGGAAGUACAUGCAUGACGGGAAGGUUGACGAGAGCGCACUAUCGCCCUUUGUGAGGAGUAAGGACGGAGAGGCGGCCAGUCAGAAAGUCUGGCAGGCGUUGAGUGACAUUUUGGAGAAGAUCUCGCCGGGCCUAACCGCGAAUCUCUGA